CAUACUCUCUCGCCCUCUUGUCCUCAGAGCACCAGGUCCCUGCAGGAAGCAGCCAAAACUGUCACUGACUGCUGCUCACACAUGCUCGCUUUUUGCUCUGCUCUUUCUCCGGCUGCUGCCAAGAGAGAAAAAGCAGGAGGAAGAGGGGAGGAGGAGGAGAAGUGAAGCUGGAGGGAGCAGACUCAAACACUCUCAAGACUGAGAGGAGGAAGAUUUGGACCAACAUCUGGCUGCCUCUGCCUUUAACUGCCUAGAAGUGAUGCCUCACACACUCUGGAGCAGCACAUAGUCAGGACUUUCUCCAGAUUUCCUUCCUUUUUUUCUAUCAGUUUGCGAUGAUGAGGAGGGACCGCCUGGUUCUGGUCGCAACCCUCAUGGCCAUCCUCUCUGCUGACCUCUACUUUAUUCUCCUGCCAAAGCUGAGGAGCAUCGUGCGAGGUUCGGGGCAGUUCUGCUCAUGUGGCCACAGCAACUUCACCCUCCCCAAACUGGAAGGACUGGCCACCCCUCAACUCUUCAACUGGACCUCAGCGUCGACCCUGACCCUUGCUACGACGACUGACCCCGCACAUGGGGGCUCGAAGCUGGGGAACCUGUUUGCUCAUCCUCUCUAUAACAUCCAGACGCCGCCACUGGAGCCGGAGGAGAAGCUGCUGGAGGGAAAGCAGCUGAUGGAGUAUUACAGGAAGAAGGUGUCACGCUGGGAAAGGAAUAUGAAACUGUACCGCGAGGUAGCAGCUGCCUCUAACACCACGCUUACCCAGCCAAAAGUGACCUUUGACCCCGACGCCAGCUGGCUGAAGUUCCACCUAGGAAUCAGCCGCUACGCCCUGUACUCCCGCGAUGACCCCGCCAUCCCACGGCUGCUCGAGGACAUGGAGAACAUGUCCAUCAUCAAUGCCGAUUACACUGACGAUGAAAAGGCCCUAAAAGGAUCAUGUGACUGUACUAAAGUGGUGAAGCCCAGUGGUCAUCACCUCAAACUGGCACUGAAAAUGAAAAACUUUGCCAAAGCCAUGUUCAAACCAAUGAGGCAGCAGAGGGACGACGUGACUCCCGAGGAUUUCUUCUACUUUGUUGACUUCCAGAGGCACAACGCAGAGAUCGCUGCCUUUCACCUGGACAGGAUCCUGGACUUCCGCAGAGUUCCGCCAGUCGCUGGACGGCUGCUGAACAUCACAGGAGAAGUUCUGCAGGUCACACACACCAUGGACUUACGCAGUGUCUUCUUCACCUCACCGGCCAAAAACACGUGUUUCUUUGCCAAGUGUCUGUACGUGUGUAAGACUGAAUACGCCGUGUGUGGAAACCCUGACCUGCUGGAAGGAUCUCUGUCCGCGUACCUGCCCGGCCUCAGCGUCGCACCACGCAUCUCCAUCCCCAACCCCUGGACACGUUCAUACACUUUCACUGGGCGAGAAGAGUGGGAAGUGAAUCCGUUCUACUGUGACAACAUAAAGCAGCUGUAUCCGUACAACUCUGGCAACAGACUCCUCAACAUCAUAGACAUGUCCAUCUUUGACUUCCUCACAGGAAACAUGGACAGACACCACUAUGAGAUUUUUACCAAGUUCGGAGACGAAGGAUUCCUCCUUCACUUGGACAACGCCAGAGGGUUUGGGAAACAUUCUCAGGACGAGAUGUCCAUCCUGGCUCCACUGACUCAGUGCUGCAUGAUAAAGCGUUCCACACUCGUGCGUCUCCAGCUCCUGACGCGACCAGAGUUCAGGCUCGGCGACGUGAUGAGCGAGUCCCUGCGGGGAGACCCUUUACAUCCAGUCCUGACGGAGCCGCACCUCCGAGCACUCGACCGGCGCUUACAGAAGAUCCUGCGAGUCGUCCGACGCUGCGUCCGGCGACUCGGGGAGGACGAGGUGAUCACCAAGGACUUUGUCAGAUCUCAGUCUGCCACAGAGAUGACGGAGACCAGGUAGCACCUGGACUUUUUAUUUUAUUAUUUUAUUUUAUUUAUAUUUAUAGAGGACUUCAUGGUGAAGCACAGUCAAAAAGGUUCAGAUGGUUUUGAUUUAAGGAACAAGCCAUAAAUGGAAGACGAGCCUUGAAUUCCUGUCACAGAGGGAGAAGUUGCUUUUAUUUUCCCUCUCGUGGUCAUAAAUUCCCCCAAGGGUGCAGUUUAUGACUGAAUUUUCAUGUUUGCCAUGUGCACAUAGGUGUUGAGGAAGGUGAUACGUAUAAACUAUAAAGCUGUUCAACAACAGUUUGAGCUGGAGGGGUAAAAACAGAGAAAAGGUCAGAGAAUCCAGACGAUUUCAUUCCUACGCGAUGACACAGACGUUGCUCUCGCCCGUCAAACACACAUCAGCUUCAGCAAAAGAGUUUACAUGAGAUGAUUGUGAUGCACUGGAUCAGCUGUUUAUUAAGUUAUUGUUGAAUAAACCGCCUGUGGAAAGACAGACUUGCAUGAUGUCAAUGUUGCGUUGUUUUCAUUUGAAAAUAAAGUUAUUUUAGGUGAAAACCA